CACUACAGUCCAUCGCAGCUGGACUUUAGACAGGUGGAGGCACAGGUGACGUUAGUAACAGAGCGCACUCUUCUUCCAGGAAGGAAGCGCAACAGCUUUAGAAAUGGCUAAGUUCUUUACACCAGCUCAAAUCAGCGAGUUCAAAGAAUGCUUCUCCUUGUACGACAAAAAGCAGAAGGGUAAAAUCGAGUCAAAAGAUCUGAUAACAGUUAUGCGCUGCCUGGGAACAAGCCCCACGCUUGGUGAAAUAGAAAGGCAUCUUCAAGUCCAAAAAAUCGGUAAGACAGGCGAAGUAGACUUCUCUACCUUCCUGAUCAUGAUGCACAGGCAGAUGCAGCAGGAAGACCCGAAGAAUGAAAUCCUGGAGGCCUUUAGGAUGACGGACAAGCAGAAGAAAGGACAGAUCCAGGCAGCUGAGCUACGGGCCAAGCUGACCACCUUAGGAGAGAAACUCACAAACAAAGAAGUGGACGACCUCUUCAAAGAAGCAAACGUCAAGUCAAACGGCAUCAUUAACUAUGAAGCGUUUACUCAAAUGGUGACACUUCCACCAGUCGAUUAUUGACGAUUUCAGGUAAAAAAAAAAGUGAAAGUGGUUUAAAUUGAACUGGAGACACAAUAAACCUGAGUUUUGCAACUUGUGGAAAUCCUAACUCUUCAGUGCUUCAGACUGAGGCCCUUGAUCAAAUCAAAAGAUAUUAUUUACCUUAACACUUGAGUAUUUUCUUCAUGAACUAGCACUGCAUGCAGUAGUAUACAUCAUGAUAUUAUCAUGCUAAUCUAAAUUAACAUGCUUACAUUUUGUUUUUAAAUCUGUAUUUUAAAAAAACUAACUUAAUAUUCCUUUGGGAUUGGACAUUUGUAAACUUACCAUUAAAUUUGUCAUUUGAAAA